UCACUUACAACGACCAUUCUCAUCACCGACAAAGUAAUUUCCAUAGCAAAAAUGAUGGAGUUCCCAUCACCCAUCAUUAUCUUUCUCUUCAUUUUUUCUUCCUAUUAUUUGUUAAGAAAGUGGCAGAAAAAUAAGAAAACUAAGGGAGUUACUGAGGGAAAGAAGGCCCCUUCGCCGCGGGGAGCGUUGCCGAUAAUCGGCCACCUCCAUCUGCUGAACAAGCGCGGGAAGCUUCCACACCAUGUUCUUGGAGCCAUGGCUGAUAAAUAUGGCCCCAUCUUUAGGUUGAACCUCGGCUCGCGCCCGGCUUUAGUUGUUAGUAAUUGGGAAAUGGCUAAAGAAAGUAUGUGUAUUAAUGACGCGGCCGCCGCCUCUCGUCCAGAGCUCUCAGUGUCUAAGUAUUUCUCUUAUAACUUCGCCAUGUUUGGGUUGGCUUCUUACAGUUCUUACUGGCGUGAUAUGCGUAAAAUUACCCACUUGGAGCUCCUCUCCAAUCCACGAGUCGAUCAGGUCAAGAGAUCGAUGUUAGGUGAGAUGAGCACUUCAUCGAGAGAGUUAUACACAAGAUGGGGUGGAGAAAGGAAGAAAUUGGAGGAGAUUUCAGUUGAAAUUAAACAUUGGUUUGGGGAUGCAAUACUGAAUAUGCUUCUUAAGGUCAUCAUAGGGAAAAGAUGUGUGGGUCCAAAUGCUCCAGAGGGAAAUGAAAAUGAUGCAAGAGCAUUGCAAAUGGGAAUUAGGGAGUCUUUCCAUUUGAUGGGUGAAGGGUUAUUGAGAGACUAUAUUCCUUUGGUUACAAAGCUUGGAUUUGAUGGUCAUGUCAAGGCUAUGGAGAAAAUAGCCAAACGAAUGGAUACCAUUCUUCAACGUUGGUUCGAAGAACACAUGCACGAUAGAUCCACUAAUGAUUUGGAUAGAAAAGAUGGCGAUUUUAUGGAUUCAUUAAUUUCGUUAUCUCAGGCUAAUCAACUUCCGAAUAACUAUGAUCAAACGACAAUUAUCAAAGCCACGACUUUGAACGUGAUUGCGGGAGGAACUGAAAGCAGCACAGUGACUCUAACAUGGGCCGUGUCUUUAUUAUUAAACAACCCAAAGGCCUUAGAAAAGGCUUAUGAAGAACUCGACCAAGUUGUAGGAAGAGACAGGCAGCUGAACGAGUUGGACAUAAGCAAUCUUGCUUAUUUACAAGCUAUUGUGAAAGAAACAAUGCGAUUGUACCCAGCAGGGCCUUUACUGGGACCUCGUGAAUUCUACAAGGAUUGUUUUGUGGCCGGCUAUUUUGUCCCCAAGGGCACUCAAUUGAUACCCAACAUUUGGAAGAUCCAAACUGACCCUCGGGUUUGGCCCGACCCUUUCGUGUUCAAGCCAGAGCGAUUUUUGACAACACAUAAAGACGUGGAUUUGAAAGGGAAUAAUUUUGAGUUGAUUCCAUUUGGGAGUGGAAGGAGAGGGUGUCCUGCAGUUUCGUUUGGACUUCAAAUGGUGCAUUUUGCUUUGGCUGGGUUUUUACACUCUUUUCACAUUAAAAAUCCAUCGGGAGAAGAGAUUGAUAUGAGGGAGGAUUUUGGGAUGGCCAAUGAGAAAGUUGUUCCUCUUAAUGUUUUGGUUACCCCUCGAUUACCUUUGCAUCUUCACACAUGAAUAAGAGUGUAGUUGGCUCAAUUUCCACCCAAGUUGAUUUUAGGUGUUUAAUUAUGACAAUGCUUUUAUUUUAAGCUGUAAAAAUAAGCUUGACUUAGUGGUUUUGGCACUUCGUCCAUCUUGAUUUGAAGUUGGAGGUUGAAUCCACUUAUAAACCUAUAAAAACCUUUUUUUCGGUCUAUUUGUGAUGUAUUCAUAAGAAAGACAAUGCUUUUAAUUAUCAUUAGUAGUCAUUGGAAUGUAAUAAU